AUCCGGGACUCGGGAGGGACUGGCGUUGGUCUCUUCGCCAUUUUUUACACCAAAUUAACUAGUGGUACAAUCUCGUAGAACCCAAGAUAAAGAGUUUCGCCGUCCUCUCCCCCCUGCCUAAUUUUCUCGUCGUAAUAAUUUCCUAACCAAUUGUGUGAACAUUUUAAAUCCACCCAAAUAUACCCCGUAGCUUGUCCUACUCCCAUCCCACGGGAAGAACGAGUCCCGCAGGCCCUAACCGCCGCUGCUGCUGCUCGUCGUACGUCCUCGCUACGACGGGCGAAGGCGAAAACUUCGAUAUCCUCGAUACACAGGCACGUGCUCCGACACACUCAAACGGAUGCAUACACGUAGAAAAAUCGGUAUCAAUACAGACGCAAGUUACCUACACAUUCGUAUAUAUAAAUUUAUAAAGUUCUGCGAUUGCAGGCAGUCUCCUCUCCUCUCUGCUUUCGAUCAAUCUCUGUACAACGCUUCCCUGGAGACGAUCCUCUCGUCUUUGGUAUAUUUUAUCGUUCCCUCGCACCACCGUGGCGACAACAAUUUUAUUAUUGUUUUCGUUUCUUACUCGUGGACGGGCCUGCUUCGGUAAACAGCGACACGCCGAAGGCUCCUUUCCGACGUGAGUCCGUGGUGUGAACUGUGAAGUGGCAUUCUGGGCCGAGGAGUGCUGCGGGCGAGUUAUUCGUCGUUGUGUUAGCGCAGUACGUGUGGAUUUUCUGCGUUAGUUAAGUGCCGUGCUCCGGAGUUAAAGAAUAUCUCUGUAUUAAACCGCGUGCGCGAGUGUUUACAACGACAAAACCCUGACGCAGAAACGACCGAGCGAUGGCUGUCGUCGCUGCCGCUGCCUCCGCCGCCGCCGCCGCCGCCGCCGCCGCUGCCAUCCUGUCCUUCCUCUAGAAGAGGACUUGGUGAGAAAAAAAGACUUUCAUUUAACGGGGAAGGGAUAGGAAAGGAAGGAGAGAAGACGAGAUUAAAUGAAAUCAUCUAGUGACAAUACCCAGCAACCUAUAUAGUGAAAAUCAACACAGCCCUCGCCGUUGUGUCUCUUCUUCGAAGAUUCUUCGAACCGAACACCGACGUCGUUCCGGAUUUUAAGGUGAAUACUUACCGUCCGAUGAGUACGAUAAAUUCAUCGAUAAGAUCAAGAAAUGAAGGGAAACUGUUUCCGCGAUAAUCUUUGAUAAUUAUCCUGCGAAAGAAAGUAGAAGAAAGAAUCGCUGGAACGGAAGUAUCACGAAAUGGCCGACUCGCUGCCCCGCUUACGAGGACUUCGUCCGCGACCUCAAGCUCAGAAUCAACUACAAGCCGCUCAGCCUCUCCCACCACCUAUGGUAGUCGUUCACCCUGCUUCCGAUGGGACUCGAGAAGAUAUCGUCGAAGAUGAGGACGAGCCGACGGAUCGAAGAACGGAACUUUUACUGGACAGAAGAAACAGGAAGAGGAGAGGAGGACCCGUUGUUCUGCUCGGAGUUGAUAUUUCAGACGACGCCGUUACCGCAAUGGAGGAAGAAGAAGAAGAAGACGACGUUGUAGUCGAGGAGGAAGAGGAGGAGGAAGAAGUGGGAGAGGAAGAGGAGGCAGAAGCAGCGGCGGUAGCGGAGGCAGAAGCGGUUGUGGAAGAGGAGGAAGUACGUGCCGAAGAGGAGGGAGAAGACGAAGACAGGGACGCCGACGAGGACGAGGACGAAGAGGAGGGGAAAUUAGUCAUCAAAGAAGAUCCGGACGAUGAGCCAGCCCCGGACAAGAGCGAAGAAGGAUCGAAAGUCUACGAAUGCACCAUAUGCAAACCUCCGAAGGACUUGCUCAACCUUAAAAAUUAUUUACAUCAUUUGAAAAAAGAACACAAACAAAGGGUGAAAUUUUACGAGUGUCCCCACUGCGACUUUGUAUGUCAGCAUGCUAAAAAGCUACAAUGUCACUUUAGAAUAGCACACGAGGAUUUGCAAGACAAAGUAGCCACGGAAUCGGCGGAGGUUAGUCGAUGUCGUAUGUGCGCUCACGUUGCCGCUAACCAGCGAGAUUUGGAAACUCAUCAGCGAAUCAAUCAUUUGAAACGGCGAUUUCUUCGGUGCGCCAAAUGCCCGUACGUGACCCACGUACGGGCCAGGUACACGAAACACGUCAAGUAUCAUUCGAUGCCGAUGAUUAAGUGCGAUGCCUGCGAUUUCCGGACACCCUAUAAGUGGAACUUGGACAGGCACACAAGGAAUCACGGGGGCGGGGGAGCUUUUCAAUGUCGCGCUUGUAAUUUUACCGCCGAUAUCAGGCAGAGCCUUACAGUUCACGAAAUGAACCACCACGAUCCGCCCGUUGGACAACCUCAUCGGAAACCUAACAACCCUUGCGAACGGAAACCACGGAACAGCCCGAAACGGUAUAAUCAGGUCGGAGCAAGCGAUUACCGUGAUAUUAUACCGAAAUCCAUUUCCGUCUCCAGUGCACCGGCGAAAAUUCUCAAUCAGAGCAAAUCCGUGUCGUCGAGGAAAUCUAUGCCAUCUGAAAAACGAGAAUUGAUGUUCGACGAAGGGAGCAGUGUUGCAAUAGCCGGUGCCGAGUGCAUUGCUCUGAAAUGCGAGGAAAAGGGUUGCCAGUUUAUCACAGCGUGGGAUUCGGAAAUGCAAAGUCAUCUCGCGGAAUCCCAUGCACCCUCGUUCAUCGGUAAACCAAGGAAGCCCUUACCGAUGCUCAUACCUCUGGGGACCACAAGCUCGCCAAAAUUGAAUAAUACCGGUGGUGGUUCUGCGGCUACUACCUUGCUCAGGGUACCAAGGGUCAGGGUCAGGCCAGAGUUGGCGCAAAUAGCACGAGACACGGAAAUGGCAAGGCUGUACGGCGAGCAAGAGAAUUUAGCUACGAAGAAGGAGUUGAGUGGUAGCGGGGACUCGUUUGAAAAGAAGAACGCAUCGUUCUUCGAUAAGCUAAAGGAACGAUUGAUGACGAGUACUUCGAAUAACGGAGGGAGGUCGGAUGCUGUGAUUGGGAAUGGAGGUGGUAUAGAUUUGAAAUGCUGGUGUACCUUCGAAGCUAGAACUUCCGAGGAGUUGGCUAAUCAUCGACGUACCCAUCAUGCCGCUCUUAGCGUCUCUCUCGGGACCUCGAGAUGUCCAAAGUGUCGCAGACGUUGCAAAAGCUCUGCCGACCUGCAGGCCCAUCUGCAAACCUGCCAAACGGAAGAGUCGACGGUAAAUGAUCGUUCCCAAAUUUACAUCGAAGACCGACCCACCGCAUAUCGCGGUGAAUACACAUUCCCGUUCCAAGUGGAUUGGGACUCCAGUUUUGCCGGACUCAAUUCAUCAGGCUCGUCGGUGGAGAGUGGUUCGACCCAGCAGAGUGGACGUAGGGUAUUCAAAUGCCCGCAUUGCGCCUUUUGGGCGUCGACCGCCUCUCGUUUCCAUGUUCACAUAGUCGGUCACCUGAAUCGCAAGCCGUUCGAAUGUUCGUUGUGUUCCUAUCGUUCCAACUGGCGAUGGGAUAUAACCAAACACAUAAAGCUCAAAGCGGCUAGGGACCCUGCACACGCGUCGGCUCGAGUUCUUAUGACCGAUGAGACUGGAAGGCGUAACUAUUCGAAAUACAACAAGUACCUAGCUCAGGUCCAGCAACAGGAACAGUUACGAUUAUCGGAUGAGCACGCUAUCGAGGAACCGCCAACGAAAAUUCUGUUAUCCGACGAUUCCGAAUACAGGGAACCACCGGAGUUGACACCGGCCCCAAAUCCUGCCUCCAUAGACCUUUGUUCCUCCUUGGAAAUAUCCACGAUACCUCCAAGACCUCCACCGCCUUUAAAAGCAGCAAAUCGUAGCCAGGGUCAGUCAUUGUUGAAAAACAAUCCUAUUUCGUCGGCGACUAACGUCACCACAUCCGUAACCGUUUCUGUUCCUUCUGCAAGUACAGCUAACAAUAGUAGCGAAGAAGCAAAGCGUACACUGUGGAAAUGCAAAAGAUGUAAUUACCGAGAUUCGAGCAAAGAAGCAGUCCUUGUACAUGUGAAGUCGCAUUACGAAUCUACAGCGCAAGGAAACGAAGAGAAGAAAGUUUACGGUUGCGGGGAGUGUCCAUUCGCAGCAUCCACUUCAGCCGCCCUUGCAUCGCAUCGCGUUCAUCAUAGACCAAAUCUGGGGGCGAUAUUCAAAUGUUAUUUAUGUCCGUUUUACGUCAGCACGAAAUCCGAAUUAUUGGAGCACGCCAGGCUUCAUGGGGAAGAAUUAGCUGCUGAACAUCAGCGAAGCAUAGAAAUGGAGAGCCAGUCUCCAGCCAAACGGAAACUCCCGCGUCCUUUAUCGGCGGGAAAAACAAAGGUUGAAAAUACGUCAGCGGAUGAAGUGAUUCGUGUUGCAUCGUCGUCUUCAACUUCAAAUCCAACAUCUCCGAGAUCAAAUAAGGCAGGCGAUGGUAGCGGUAUACCGCCACCUCUGUUGCUGGAUACUCGAGCACUUCCCGACGCCCCUCUUGUCUGGGUAUCUCGCCCGGAUGGAACUCUUACGAAAAUGUUAAAAUGUCGGCACUGUCCUCACGUUUCUUCGCGUCGUGCCGAAGUGAGGGACCACGAAGGGAUGCACGUAUCCCCCCCUACUCAAGGAGUUUUGAUUAACUGCAAGGAUUGCAAUUUUACCUGCACUCGUCGUGACGUCAUGGAUUCUCACACAGCGAUGCAUGCGGGAGCUUUGGGUACCGUACAUUGUCUCGUAGAUGAGGGACGUCCGGACAGUCAGCAGCUGAAUGACCUGGCUACUCUUCUCGGUCUUUCUCAACCACCUACCUUGGGGGCGGAGCCUGAUCUGAGGGAUACCAGGCUUGUACAUUGCUGUAAUAAGUGUCCGGCUAGAUUCCUCUGUGAAAAGGAACUUAGGAUUCAUAUGAGAUACCAUUCAACCGAGAUGGCUUGUUCCUGUCAGUGGUGUUCCUACGCCGCCAAGCAGCCAGCGCAUCUUCUUGCACAUCAGAAGGCACACUCCCCGGAAUAUCAAGAACGAACAAGAUAUUUACUUUCCAUGUACGGACACUCACAACGCAAUCCACCCCCAACCACCGCCUGUGUCGAGGCAAACAAUCAUACAUCUUCAGCCGCUGGUAUCAGCAAUGUGGCUUGGAUUGUCGUAGAAAUAAAUUCUGGCCCUGGAAACCAGACUGGUACAAAUAAUCUUGAGAAUGCGAGCCAGGUGUUCACAUGCGCCAAGUGCCCGGCAAGGUAUUUCAAACUCGAUGCUCUGGAAUACCACAUGACGCUGCACGGUACCAACAAUAGAUUCAAAUGUUCGGAAUGUGAUUACUCCUCGAAAACUUCUCAGAAUUUGGCCAAACAUCAAGUCGUUCAUCGGAGACACGCAGAAACCAACGACACUGUCCCGGCUUCACCCGGAGUCCGUGCUCUGCCUCCACCCGAUCCUCAGUUUGGCGUUUUGAUGCGCGGUAAUCCGAACUUUGUGUACCCAGGUUAUCUGCGUAAUGGACGACUGAAAGAAAAACGCUAUAAAUGUCACAAAUGUCCUUCAGCUUUCGAAAAACGUGAACAGUACAGAGUACAUCUCAGUCUCCAUGGGGCUAAGCAACGCUACAGGUGCGGCACGUGUGAUUAUUCUGUUAAAUAUUACGCCAACUAUGUUCAACACCUGAAGAAACAUCAGGCGAACGCCGAGGCUCAGGCGUCUAAACGACAGUACGAAGAGGACGCGAUUUCCGUCGACAGCGAUACCGUUGGAGAGCCAACAAUCAUUCAUCCUUCGCGUCCGGGUAAAUCGCUUUCAAAAUCUUCGACCAUUUCUUCGUUAUCUAUUGUCAGUCCUACGGUAAGCACAACUGCGAAUACUGCGGGCACAACGAUUAGUUCGUCGAUCACGUCACCUAUAAUCACAGUUUCGAAUCAGGAUAAGCAGUCGGUGAUGCUCAUGCAGAGAAAAGGAUUGAUACCUGGAUCUAAUGAACACAACGAAGAGGCGAUACGUUGUCAAAGCUGUCCGUUUGGAACGCCGGAUAAAGAGGCGAUGGAUGCUCAUAAACGAAGGCAUGGGAUAGAAAGAAUAACCCCACCCUGUCCGCAUUGUGAUUACGUGCCACGUAAAGAUGAAAAUGCUAGCGACCACGUUAGACUGCAUUUCAUGAGGAUGUAUAAACCAGAAUCUUAUUUAAUCGCAGAACUAUUAGCGCUCCGUGUACGUCCGUUGAAAAACAAAACUAAAAACGGUAGGCAAGAUAAGUGCACUGGUGAAAACGACGAACUGCUUUUCAAAGAAUGUGCCGAUGGAAGGUUUCUGCCAACGAUAGAUACCACAUCUACUACGCAUGCUUCUGCGUCUACUUCGUCGUCAUUUGAAGAAAAAGUCAUCGUAGAUCCGAAUACAGGUGAAGCGAAGCAUUCCCUUUCGUCUCAGGGGUAGGGAUUUGUUUUUGGAUGCUACUUUGGCAUAUUUGUUUCAUUUGUUUUUUGUUCACAUGCUUCUGCAUUUAUACAUACAUAACAACUGCAUAGGUAUGAUUAUUUCUUCGCAAGACUUGUUACAUAAGUAUAUUUGUUAUGUGUAUUUAAUUAUCUUUACGCUACAGUUAUAUCUGUAUAGUAUGCACGAAUUAUAUCGAACAUAUAUUAUAAAUAAUAUUAUAUUUAAGAUACUAAACUAUACACAUCGUGUAAAUAUUGUAACACUGAGCUUUCAUUCUUCAAGUAAGGUAGCCAUCUUCAAUGUAAAGAUUCGUAGUUCAUUCAUACUUUUCAUUAUAAGUACCUAUAAUUAUGACUAUAACUACAUCAUUUAUUCUCACUUGAAACUGAUUUUAUCACACCAAGACAGUUCAAAUUAGUUGUUGCAUCAAAUAUUGUAACCAAAUAAGAUAAUCGAUAUGCUUGUUGUA